UUGACGCAGUCGGAGUGUCGGAUGAUGCUGAGGGCCGGGAGUGCCUCUUUCACACUCCCUUUCUGUUUACGCACAGCAGCGGGUCUCCCAGGAAGGACAGACUAAGUGGACGCGGCCGAUGGAAGCAUGUGUGUGAUGUAGAAACCCUUCCUGGAUGCUCACUGCACCAAACUGGAAAACUAUGACUGUUUCCAACGACUGAUGAUUUGGGAUCCUGUUACUCUUUCUCCACUUUUGCGCGCACCUUAAACCGGCCAGUCCUAAAUUCCUUUCCAAGCUGCUGCACCCAGUCUGAUUUUAUCCGAAGCCACCCACCACCUCUUUCACUGCUUUCUGACUUCUGCGGUGAGGAUGGAUGCCCGGCUGUCUUUCUCCAGGUACCGGCUGCUGGUGCUGCUCUGCGCGGUCGCUGCCCUGUCGGGGACCCGGAGUCCCGCUGCUGCCGCGGGGAGGAGCUGCUCUGACACCCGGCAGGUGUACUCGGAGAAGGGCUACAGCACCGGCACCGCUCCGCUGACUCAAAUCUCCGGUGAACACCUGCGGCUCUGUCCUCAGGACUACACCUGCUGCUCCAGUCAGAUGGAGGAGACGCUGGCCCUUCAGAGUGAGAGGGACUUUCUCAAAGCCAUCGAAGACAACAGCCAGUUCCUCCUGACCACCUUCACCCAGAGACACCGCAGGUUUGAUGAGUUUUUCAGAGAGCUCAUAGACCUCUCAGAGAAGUCCAUGAACCAGAUGUUUACCAAGACCUACGGCCGGCUCUUCACUCAGAACGCGCAUGUCUUCCAGGAGCUGUUCGUGGAGCUUCGCAGAUAUUAUUCUGGCGGCAGUGUAAGUCUGACUGAGGUUCUCUCAGAUUUCUGGUCCCGUCUGGUGGAGCGGGUCUUUUCUCUGGUCAACCCUCAGUAUCAGUUCAGUGAGGACUACCUGGAGUGUGUCAGCAAACACGCUGAACAGCUGCAGCCAUUUGGAGAUGUGCCACGCAAACUCCGUGUGCAAGUGUCGAGGGCCUUUAUUGCAGCCAGAGCACUGUCUCAGGGUUUGGCUACUGGUCGGGAUAUUGUGAACAAAGCAACAAAGCUGACUGCAGAUUCAGAGUGUGUGCGUGGCCUGAUGAGACAGUGGUACUGCCCUCUGUGUCGAGGCAUGCCCUCCCUGAGGCCCUGCCACUCCCUGUGCCUUAACGUGAUGAAGGGCUGCUUGGCCAAUCAGGCUGACCUGGACACCGAAUGGAACAAUUUCAUUGAUGCUCUGUACCAGGUGUCGGAGAAGUUGGAGGGGCCGUUCAACAUGGAGCUGGCAGCCGACUCCAUCUCUGUGAAAGUGUCAGAGGCCAUUAUGCACAUGCAGGAAAACAGUGUCAGCAUCUCCAGUAAGGUAUUCCAAGGUUGUGGAAACCCCCGGCCAGCUCCAGCGAGGUCCAAACGUUCACCCAAAGAGUCGGGGGGCAACAGGAGGCCGUUCCGCACCUACACACCUGAAGAGAAACCCACCACUGCUGCAGGCACCAACCUGGACCGACUGGUUACCGAGCUGAAGGAGCGACUGCGGCCCAUGCGGGGCUUCUGGGUGUCCCUCCCACACACCAUCUGCAACGACGAGAAGAUGGCCGCUGACGUCACUAAUGAGGACCGCUGCUGGAACGGGCAGACCCGGGGGAGGUACCUUCCGGAUGUGACGGGGGACGGGCUGGUCAGCCAGAUCAACAACCCUGAGGUGGAGGUGGACAUCGCCCGUCCAGAUGUUCGGACCAGGCAGCUGAUCAUGGAGCUGAGGGUGGUGACCAACAAACUGAGGCAUGCUCAGAGCGGACAGGACACAGACUUCGUAGACAGUGAGGAGGGCAGUGGUUCCGGGGGCAGUGAUCAUGGAGAAAGGUACAACGAUGACUGGCCAGGUUAUGGGCCUUACUCUCCACCUUACAGCAAACCUCCACGUAACCCAGCAUCCAACCCCGCGAAGCCUCCUCGAAGCCGAGACAGAAACGGGUCCAAGUGGAACAGAAACAACGGCCAUGGAAGGGUCCGAUCUGCAGCCAGUCUGCUCUCCUUCUCCUUGGUUCCUUUGUUGUCUCUGCCUGUCAUGGUCACUGUUGCCUCCAUGUGGAGAUAGCUGGUUAUUACAGUCUGGAGGGAAUAUUUCUGUCAUGCUGGAGUCUUAAGCACAUUAUGAAGAAGAAAAAACGCCAUUCCAUUUGGUUACACCAGCAGAAAAACAACAAAACAGGCUAAUUUAGCAAUAAUCAAAAACCUGUUUACAGCACAAAAUAAAUAGGUGAAUAUUUUUCCUACUCCCCAAGUAAUAAAAGAAGACACCACCAGGCAUUGAUAAUUACAAACAAAAGUUAAUAAAUACUGCCAUUUUUUAGUGCCAUUUGUGAGAUGUUUGACCCAUUGGAGUCUGACGCUGAAUGAUGUGCUGUGCUGAAAGUCUGGAGGGGAACAAAGGAACAGAUGUUUUUUUUUUAACAUCAAGUGAAUUAGCAGCUUGUUGGGUGAUGGAGCUGAUGGUUUGGUGGUCUGCAAGGUAGAGAUUAGUCAUUCCAGUAAUUACCGUGUUGUUUCAGUGAGCAGUUGAUUUGAUCUGAGUGCAUUUGUUGGCUGACUGUCUCAUGAAAUUCAGUUAAUUAGUUUCAUUCAGUUUUGGUUUGGAUGUGGUUCAUUAUGUUCAUUUUUCAUCUUGUAUAAGUAGUAAGAUUUAAUUCUCGCUUAAUUGAGUUUCCCUAUUUUGGCUCAGAAAUCUUUAAAAAAAAGGCAAAAGUAUGGCUCUUGAAACCAAACAAGGGACUGAUUUUGAAUGUAAAAGCUCAAGCUAAUUUGGGUUGCUUAUAUGUAAUAUAUUGCUGGUUAAUUUAUUUGUAAUAUAUUUAGUUUGACUUGUUAUUUUUAAGGCAAAGGUUGAGGGUUGGGUCUUCUAAAAGAAGUUCAGUCUUUAACUUUCUCUGGUUACAAAAAAGAAAAAAAAUCAAGUUGUAUUUAUAAUUCCUUCUGGUAAACAAUCAUUUUAUAAUAUUAUUGUCACAACAAGAGCAAAAGGAUUACUCUCAGUAGGUUGUUUUUUCAGAUGUCUUUAGUCUUAACCAGAGAUUGUUAAUGAGCAUCGUGUGUGAAUGUGAAUGUUUGUAUGAUAUGUUCUGGUUUCAGGUUACAGCUCUGACGUCAUGUUGAGAAGAUGUUGAAUGUUUUUAAUUGUGCUCUUUCUACUUACUUUUCCUAAAAGCAACAACAGAUGAUGGGAGCUAUGAUUGAAUGGUUACAGAAAGACAAAUGAAGUUAAGAACUUGGAGACAGUUGUCCUUCACUUUCAUUUGCUGAAUACAUUUUGAUGAAGAUGAGAAAAAAGUUACAGAAAAAGAAAACAAGCUUGUAAAAGGGUUGUCAUCAUGCAGAGGGAAAGAUGAGACUGGGUUUAAAGGAUUACUUAGGCAUUUUGGGAAACAUGCUUCACAUGCUGAGGACUGCAGAGAGUUAGAUGAGAAGAUUGAUUAAAGGAAAAUUAAUAUAACGAUGCAUCCAGCAGCUGAUUAGUUUAGCAUAAAAACUGGAAUUACCUCGCCUGGCUUUCUCUGAAGGUAACAAAAUCUGCAUCAAACCCUUUAAUACAUGAUUCAGUUUCAACUGAUGUGUAAAAACAACAAUUUGUCAUUUUAUGUCCCAUUUUUUGUUGGCUGGAAAGAGUUGCUGUGUGAACUUGUGGAAACUCUCCUGGCCAUAACCCCUGUAUUGACUCCAUGUCUAAAGUUUGGGUGUAUUGUAUUAAAUAUGCUGCCAAUAGAGAGAUA